AUGCGGCCUUCAACACUCAUUGCCGGGUCGCUGCUUGUGACCGGCCAGGCCUUGGCUGUGGCUAGUCCUCGCCGGCGCUGCACCUCCCCGGCUCAGACUACUACCACAAAAGAUGACUGCAAGAUGGCACCCAAAAUCUUCAUUAUCAGCAUGUUCUACCCGGAGGCCGAUAUCUGGUAUGAUCACUUGCCCAGUAGCGGCUAUGGUGACUUGAUGGCUAAGAACAUCUCCGUACCCGGCUUGUCUCCUAUCUAUCCCGAGGUUCACUGCGUCACCUCCGGAGAGAUCUGUCAAGUUACCGCGGGCGAGUCUGAGAUCAACGCUGCAGCCUCAAUCUCGUCCCUGCUGCUCUCAACCAAGUUUGACUUCACGUCGACUUAUUUUCUUCUUGGUGGAAUUGCUGGUGUUUCGCCCAAGCUGGGCACUUUGGGCACAGUCGCCCUCUCCAAGUUCGCGGUCCAAGUAGCCUUGCAGUAUGAGUUCGACGCACGUGAGAUCCCGGAGAACCUGACUACAGGCUACAUCGGAUACGAUGAUCUAUAUCCCGGUGAAUACCCCAAGGAGGCGUACGGCACCGAGGUGAUGGAACUCAACGAGGCGCUGCGAGACAUUGCCUUCGGCUUUGCAUCCAAGGCAGCCCUCAACGAUUCUACUGAUGCAGCUGACUAUCGUGCGAAGUAUGCACCUGCUGGUGAGGUUUAUAAUGCGGCGAUCGCCGGCCCAACCGUUGUCAAGUGUGACACAGCAACCAGCGACGUAUACUAUUCGGGAAACCUUCUGUCCGAAGCUUUUGAGAACACAACCAAAGUAUGGACAAACCAGACAGACCUGACAUACUGCAUGAGCGCUCAAGAGGACAAUGCUGUUCUCCAGUCCUUGAUGCGAGCUGAUCUGGCGGGACUGGCCGACUACUCUCGAGUGAUCCUGAUGAGAACUGCGUCGGAUUUUGAUCGCCCACCGCCAGGCACUUCCGCGUACUACCACCUGCUGCUUGCUUCGCAGGGCGGUUUCACACCGGCGGUGGAGAACAUCUACAAUGCGGGUAUCGAGAUUGUCAGGGGGAUUUUGACCAGCUGGAACGCCACCUUCGCGGCAGGCGUGAAGCCCACAAACUACAUCGGAGACAUUUUCGGCUCUCUGGGCGGUGAACCGAACUUCGGCUUGGGCAGUGUCUUCAAAGGUGAGGGUGCCAAGCGGGACGGCAGCACAUACACGGGCUACAUCAAGCGAAGUGAGUUUGGAAAGAGGGCUAUCAAGACCCGGCGGGGGAAGACUAUGGCAUGA